GUCGUGGUUUUGAGCUUCCAGGAAACCCAGCGUGCUCGAUGCCCAUCAAUUGUUUGAGCUAGACCAAACUACCCCUUCCGGCCCACUAUAUAAACCCCUCCCUGUUCCCCGCCAGUCACCUUGCCUCUUCUUCAUCUGCUGCGCUCUGUUCUCAGAAACAAAAUCAUAAAUCAGGCAGGAGAAAAUGUGCUCGCCGCCGGAGAAAGAAGCAAUAAAUGAGAACCUCAACGACGCUAGGGACUUCAAGGGCCGCCCUGCCGUCCGGUCCCAGACUGGCGGCUGGACAAGCGCCGCCAUGAUUCUAGGGGUAGAGCUCUGCGAGAGAUUGACAACGCUUGGAAUCGCGGUGAACCUGGUGACCUACCUGACUGAUACGAUGCAUCUCGGCAAUGCCGCCGCCGCCAACACUGUCACCAACUUCCUCGGCACCUCAUUCAUGCUUUGCCUUCUCGGUGGCUUCGUCGCCGACACGUUCAUCGGCAGGUACCUCACCAUCGGUAUCUUCGCUGCGGUCCAAGCUUCUGGGGUGAUGGUUUUAACGGUAUCGACGGCGGUAUCGGGGCUGCGUCCGCCUCCGUGUCGAGAUCUUGCGACGACCAGCUGCGUCCGGGCUACGGGGGGGCAAUUGGGGGUGCUAUACCUAGGGUUGUACCUCACGGCGCUUGGGACCGGCGGGCUCAAAUCGAGCGUGUCGGGUUUCGGGUCUGACCAGUUUGACGAAUCAGAUCGUACGGAGCGCAAGCAGAUGACGCGAUUCUUCAACUGGUUCUUCUUCUUCAUCAGCAUCGGAUCCCUCCUGGCCGUCACCGUGCUCGUCUAUAUCCAGGAUAACGUUGGGCGAAAGUGGGGUUACAGCAUCUGUGCCGCUGCUAUACUCAGUGGCUUAGCCGUCUUCCUUGCCGGAACCACCCGGUACCGCUACAAGAAUCUUGUAGGGAGCCCUCUUACUCAGAUCGCCGCCGUGUUCACGGCCGCCUUUCGGAAAAGAAACCUUCAGCAACCAUCGGACCCUUCUCUAUUAGACGACAUUGACGACUAUGAUGUAAAUGAGGAAGGCGCUCAGAAGAACAAGGCCAAGCAGAGGCUUGCCCUCACCAACCAAUUUCAAUUCCUGGACCGAGCCGCCAUCAUCGAAAGUAGAUCGCCGGCGCCGGCCAAGAAACCGAGCCGGUGGCAAUUAUCAACCGUAACAGACGUAGAAGAAGUAAAAAUGGUAAUCCGAAUGCUUCCCAUCUGGGCAACCACUAUCAUGUUCUGGACAGUCUACGCCCAAAUGACAACCUUCUCUGUCUCUCAAGCCACCACCAUGGAUCGCCACAUCGGCCCUUCCUUCCAAAUUCCCGCCGGCUCACUCACCGUCUUCUUCGUCGGCUCCAUCCUCCUCACCGUCCCCGUCUACGACCGCCUACUCAUCCCCCUCCUCCGCCGCCUCACCGGCAACCCCCAAGGCCUCUCCCCUCUUCGCCGAAUCGGCGUUGGCCUCUCCCUCUCCAUUCUCGCCAUGGUAGCCGCUGCUCUGACAGAACUCAAGCGCCUGCGCUCCGCCAACUCAGCCCAAUCUCUCAGCGUGUUCUGGCUCGUCCCGCAAUUCUUCUUCGUGGGCUCCGGCGAGGCUUUCGCCUACAUUGGCCAACUGGAUUUUUUCCUCCGAGAGUGUCCGAAGGGGAUGAAGACGAUGAGCACGGGGCUGUUUCUAAGCACAUUGUCGCUGGGGUUCUUCGUGAGCUCGGCGCUGGUGUCGAUUGUGCACACGGUGAGAGGAGUGAGCGGCCACGGCGCGUGGCUGACAGAUGAUCUGAAUAAGGGAAGGCUGUACAACUUUUAUUGGUUGCUGGCGGUGCUGAGCGCCAUUAAUUUGGUAAUAUUUUUGGUGUCGGCUAAGUGGUAUGUCUACAGGGAUAAUAAUACGGAAACAAAGGAAGAUGACGAGGUUGUUUGCCAUGCCUGAUUGCUUGAUAUUGGCCUCAUGCUCUGCUACCUCGCCGGAAAGAUGGAGAGCGGUCAUUGCCAACCUAUUAUUACAGCCCUCUUGGGCGGUGCAUCUGAUUUUACUGCUUCAUUAUGUAUUUAUGCAUAAAACGUUUGUCACAGAUAGGUUUAGUUUGGGACGGCUUUCUGAUUACUUAUUAAAAUAAUUUUUUAGUUAAAAAAGAAAAUUGUAUUAAAAAAUUGUUGUAAGAUGUACUAAGUAAGCUG